CCAAAUUGAAAAACUAUAAUGUUGUUUUUAGUACAUAAAUAUCCCUACAGAAAAUCCACAUAAUUUGAAAAGAAAUGAAAAAAAUAAAAAACGAACCCGGAAGUUUGGACCUUGGAGGCGGAGCCAUUUAUAAACAACACUCGAGAAAACGCUUGAGAAGACGUAUUCAACGUUGGGUUGGUUCCAUGGAUCCUCCCACCCAAAGCCAUAACUCGGUCCGUACUGUUCCAGGCUCGAAUCAUAGCCACACCGAUUUGAUUAUCUCAUCGUUCCUUUCGUUUCCAGAUUCCUCUCCGAUCUCCAUUAGCAAUUCCUUCGAUCGAGUCCUUGAUAGAGCUCUCGCCUCCGCUUCCGCUGAUGAAUCCGUUCAGGAUCGUCUCGUCGAUCGUACUCUCGAACUCGCGUCGCUUCUUCUCGAUUCCACUAGGCGUUGCUUCCGUAAGCGAGCUUCUGUUCACAAUUCCAAUUCCUGGUCCCUCCCUCCAGAACUUACCAUUAAGGUCUUUUCGAUGCUUGAUACAAAGUCUAUGAUGCAAGCAGCUGUGUGCUGCACCAUGUUCAAUAAAUGUGCAAUGGACCGUUUAUGUUACUCCCACAUCGACCUGACAACGUCUGCUAGAUAUGCUGAUAAAGGAGUUGUGUCUACUAUGAUCAAUCGGGCUGGUAAAGAACUCAGAUCCCUGAAACUUGGUCGUGUUGUUCGUACAGCUGGAUCUGAUUCUGCUGCACCUUUGCUUAGCGGAUCUUGUCUUUCCCCACUAGCAUAUAAUCAUGGUUUUCUUGGGAGUCGCUUGAGAAGCCUACGGCUUUACAAUCUCAGACCUAUAAAAUACAGGUCCUUAUGCGAUGCGUUGUCAGUUUGUCCAAAUAUCACUGAUCUGAGGAUUGUGGGAUUGUAUAACUUAACCGAGGAGCUAUUUAAUUCAUUGACAAAAAAAUGCCGCUUAAUAGAGCACCUGUUCUUAGAGACCUACGGUUAUCCACGUACGUUAGAGAGUAAAGCAGGAUCAUCCUUAGUAGAGUUUGUGACCAAUUGCCCCAACUUAACGUCCCUGACGCUCAUACGUUUUGGACUAACCGAUGACUGGGCCCGAAAUCUUGCUGAGAGUUGUCGUAAACUGAAGUACCUGAAUUUGUCCCGAUCACCUACAAUCAAGGGUCGUUUUUUGAGGGAGUUGGGACUUAGCUGCAAAGAAAAUCUACUCAAGACUCUAAUAUUGCGCAGCUGCCCAAAACUACAGGAGAAAGAAGUAUUGGAAUUCUGUAACUCACUACUCACAGGGAACUUCAAAUCCAUUCGGCAAAUUGAUGUUUCAAGUAACAGUGGAUUAGCUUCUUCAGACAGGGGCAAGAGAUGUAACAAACCAAACUUUCCUCUGGAGAGGCUGAAAGAAGAAAGAUCAGAUGUCACAUUUGUGGCGGAUUUUCCAUCAACAAGUUCAGGAAAGCGUUAUGGUGUGUGCGAUGAAGAAGAGCUGAGGCUGAUAGAGAUGAUGGAAGCUGAGGACGAUGAAGUGGACGAAGAAGAUGACUCGGAUGACGACACUGACGAUGUAUCGGAUGAAGAUGAGUCAGAAAAUGAUGAUGACAUGGGAAUGGGAUUUGAUGUCGAUUAUUUGUUGUGAUUAGUGUUUGGUAAUCGUUAGUAUUUCUUAUUGAACUAGUCUAGUCCAAAGGGAAGUUCUUUGUUUCUUUCCUUCUUAUUGGGAAAUACAAACAUACCAUAUCAUUAAACGAAUUUGAAAAAUGUGACGUUGUGGUUUUGUUCCAAUUAUAAAAGUACUUUUAGCA